GUCAUAUUUGGCGCCAAGAACUAAUGCGUGAUCCUACGCUCUAGUUACCUCAAAACCCUAGAGGGAAAUUUCGGACCAAAACGAUACCGGCGGCGAGCAAGGGGUAGCAUGAGGAGAAGGACUCUCCGUUUGCCUAGCUCCUCCGACGAGGAUGAAGCUCCCCCGAGGCCUCAAACUGUAAACACGUCGAACACUAACCAUAGACGUAGCCCUCCGCCUCCCCAAAACGAUCCUCUCGAGAUAUCGGAGGAUGAGUUCGUGGAUGUAGAGGAUGCUCUCUCGGACCAUUCGUCCCCUCCGGUUUCUGUCCAGAAUGCCGGGCUAACCUCCGACCCCGUCGAGGCUUCUGCCGGUGAUCCCUCCGAUGCUUCUGCUGGGCCAAUCGAUGAGUUUCUCCAGCGGGUGGGGCUAGCGCUGCGGCGGGAAUGGCUGGCUUCCUGUUUGUCUAACUUUGUUCGCGCUGUUCCGGGAUUUGAGGGGUUUGAUAUGGCCAGUAAGGCGAGGAUGUGCUUUGAGCAGUUUCUUAGCGCGGACAUGAACUAUUGUGGUGCUGGCAUCCUACCGGAGAAUGUGCACUGCAUGAACAAAAUCGAGCUAGAGGGACCCUUCGUGUUGCAGGUUGAUGAAGUUACCAAUAUAAGUUGUCGACUUCGAGAGAGGUAUCAUGAUUCACCGGCUAGCUUGAAAAGAUGUUUGAAACUAUCCUUAUCGGAUGGCGUACAACAUGUUUUUGGCAUGGAAUACAGGCCUAUCCAUGACUUAGAAGUUCUUUCUCUUGCUGGUUUUAAGAUUAUCAUACGAAAUGUACAAAUUCGAAGGGGUCUUCUUUUACUUCUUCCUGAAGUUGUGGAGGUUCUUGGAGGGAUGGUUGAGGAUUUAGAUGCAGCACGUCAAAGGCUUGUUAAUGAAGUAAACAAGCCACCUAGAGGCAAAAGGAAACAAGCCUUACUUCCUUUGUGUCAAAGAGCCACACUUGCAGCGUGGCCUUCUAAUACUGUUAAUAAUAAUGAAACAAAUAGUUCAGAAAGUUACAUCAGCAAUAAUGUCUCACGAGCAAAUAUUUCAAUGCCAUCUACUCUUAGCAACCCCCGUCUGGUUCAAGAUGUUAGAAUUACAUCAGUUACUGUCACUGAGACACCAUACGUUAAGGAAAAUGUUGACCCCAGUACAACAGGAAGAGAUAGCACGGAAGACCUGAUUUCUCAAGAUAUUGGUAGAAAUCUCUAUGAAGGAUUUUCCCAUGCCAAUGAAAGCAUUGCAGAAGGGCCUAAUAACGAUGAAAGCAGGUUAAAUGCUGAAUCUAACAUUGCCACUGAUGUUGCUGAGCAUGUGCAGGAUGUCUAUGCAAUGGAUGAAGAUGAUACAAUCAAUGAAUUUAAGAACCCCAGUAUGCUAAUUGGAGAUGCGGAAAUUCCUUUUACAUAUUUGGCAUGUUUGCUUGCCCAAUGGAUUAUAGUGAAGGACAGAACAUCAUUCAUUCAAGGAAGAAUUAAGUGUAUUUUGACUGGUGUGAAGAGGUUCCAGUUCAAGCAUCGGAGUACCUAUGAACUCCUCGUUUAUGUUGAUGAUGGUAGUUACAUAUCUGAGGUCUUCAUUGAUCACAAUGUUGUACGAAGUGGUAUAGGUUACUCACCUGAGGAUGUCACCGCUGCUCUUUCUUCUUCAAACAAGAAAAUAAAAGCAGAUAUGACAGAGGUCAUGAAAAAAUACCAGCUGUUCUUAUCUAUGUAUGAGGGCACGGUACUUUUGGAGAUAAGCAAGGACUCUCCACUUCCUGUGGUCCUUCAGAUGAGCCAGGGUUGUUCGGCCUCUGAUGCUUUGCUUCUGCUAAGGAGAUUGAAGAGCUUUACCUCUAGACAUCCACAAAAUUGCUCUAUAGAGCCUAUUGUUCUAUCUCCAUGAUGGAUAAUGUGACUAAAUGAUGGUUAAGACUGUGCAAUGGGGACGAGAUCAAGUUUUUUCGUGGACCUGUUUACUUCGAUUAUAUUUGAGUGUCAAGAGAUGGGAGCUCAGUCCAUGUCUCGAACAUCUUAGUAUGGAAUUAGCUGGACUGUUUUAGCUUCCUUGUAUACCCAAAUCAUUGCCAUUUUUGCCUCCUUCCAUCACGUUGCAGCCAACUGUUGAGCCACGUGGGGAGCUUUAUUCACGGAUUAGUACAGAUGCUUCUGUCAAUUAUAAUACAGUGCUCAUGUUUGCAUCUUUAGCUGAUUAAUGAUGGCCCCAAUCGAAAUCGUCUCCUGCUUGCUUUGGUUCUGCUCUAGACUUAUCUCAUUCGUGCGAUUGGAUGGUGAAUUGGACUUAUCCUUUGCAAGGACUCGUGUAUUUUCGCGUAUGAUCGCAUUGCUCGGCUCUGUUUAGUUGCUUGUCCACCUGACCGCUCGUGCGGCUCGCUUAUCUGCUCUUUCCCAUGAUCGCCCGUUGGCCUGCGCUGUUUAUGAUGGACAGAAAUCAGGUACGUAAUGUAUUGGUCAGCCCUUCAAAGAGGGAACCGGAAAGAACCUAGCAUUGACAAGGAAGUCAUUCACUGCAGAGAAAAUUGUGUGGUCGUCAAACCAACAAUUUAGGAACAGAUCUACUCUUUUCUGCUUAUCAUAAAGUCACACACUGUGAAAGUGGUAAUGGCUUCUUGAGUGAUUCUCCUGUUUUCAGACUGGCUAGAAUUGUCAGAUUUGAUCUGAAGCGCAUCUGUUGAGCCUUUUCUCAGUGCAGGCUUGGUAACUUCAAUGAUGGUAUAUUCAUCUAGUUGCAUACUGGUAAGCCAGUUCCUUCUAUCAAAUUGUUUGUAAAGGGAAUAUUGAGGUGGAGCAUUUGAAAUAUGUGGCUUGAUUUCUUUUCAUUUUUUUUGGGAGGAGAAUGAUUUUUUCUGUGAACUUGCUGGCUCAAGAAACUACUUUAUAUUCUUUGAAUGCAACAUAGAAUUUGGAUUUUUUGA